AUGGACUUCUUGUCCCAAGCGACCUCCCGCUACCUUGCUGAGUUCUACUCUACUCAGGACUAUGUCCAUCGAGGCAUUCACACCGAUACGCACAACAUUAGCAAGAUAUACCUCGAGCUCGAUCAAGUCGAAUACUCUGAGCUCUACGCUGUGGAUCCGACUCUGUUGGAGACCAAUCGCCAUGCGUGUCUCGCGGAAAUCACACGAACGCCAUUCAACGCGCGUCCGUCGUCGUUGCUGCCGUUUGGGCCUCUCUUCGGCAAACCGCCUCCAACGAGCUUCUGGUCUGGAUCCUCUAGUGGUCCUGGAAAGGCAGGUGGAACAACAAUCGGGACAACAGUCGUGAUAAUAACUGUGACCGCGACCGCCAACGCGACCAAGGCUACGGCCGCACUCAUCGUGGAGGGCAAUCGACUCAACGGCUAUGCCAACACCCACAUCCCCUCCCACCACUUCGUGCCUCCCUCCACUCUCAGCCGGGUCCUUCAGCGUCCCAACCCACCAUCGGUUUUACCAAAGGUGUUCCAACCGGGCUCUGCCCCACUCUGCGAUGUCUUUACAUCACCGCCCUAUAAUCGUCCGCUUAUUGCGGCUACAACUCUCGCUCCCAUCACUGAUGCACCGGGCGAACUACCCGACCACUUUCCAUCUCCAGUGGAUGCCGGUGACCUAGACUUCGCUGAAGUUCCUCCUGCCGAGGUACUUAUUACCAAGCGUUUGCCUCUCUACUCGCCGCGUCCAUUAUUCCAAAUUCCUGCGAACCCUACGAAAGUGGAUCUUCCACUGUUCCCAACCAGUGCCUUCUCGGCCACUCGCAGCGACAUUAUUACCGCGGCUUCGGAAACACCGAUCAAGGUGGUUCUCCAACUGCCCCCAAGAUGUGUGGACGGUGUCCGUCCCCAUCCCCCAUUCCAAGUUGUUGGUAGACAAGGCAUUUUUGCCCUUCAUGCGGACCUACGCUACUGUGAAAGCGACCCCGGUGACCCGCCGCUACCUAUGCCGGUGACUUAUCGUCCAAACGACUUUUCCGCUCUGCGACAACAUUGGAUUGUUGAUUCUGUCGGGAAUGGCGCUCAACUUCCCGUCCUUGGCUAUGGCCCUAUUACCUUGGCCGUGGAUAUGUCGUCCCGUGGCCAAGCCGACGAUAUUCGUCCAUGCGUUCUACGCCUCACCUUUGGCCUACAUUGCCCUGAACUACAGUUCAAUUUGUUCUCGGUUCGCCAAGCGACCGAUGAGGGCAUCUCACCCAAGUUUGUGCUCUCCACCGAUCCGCACCGUGCGGAGUAUAUCCAUCCGGGCCAGAUGGCCAUGUUCACCGGCAUGAUGGCCACUUUUGAGACCGCUCUGCGGAAGUUCUCGAACUACAGUGGAUUUUCCACUUUUAACGCUCAAUUGCACAUGUUUGCAUAUUCGUCUGUGUUGCGCUAUACACCGAUUAUUUAUCGACCAUCUAUGGUCCUCAAGCCAAAACCGUUCUGCCCCAUCACUCCAGACUCUGUCUCCGUGAGUGUCGCCCAGGCUAUGCUUGGUUCACACACUCCUAUCCCAGUCUAUGACACUACUACUGUUCCAACCGACUGCCUAACCAGCCUCGUGGCUGACUCCAAGCUCUCUGCAGCUAGCCUUGCACGCCUCAGGCACCGCCGUCUCGGCCAUCCUGGCGUUGAUGCCUUCAACCAAAUGUCAAAGACACACCCCGAGCUUUUGCUCUUCAAGGCCAAGCACCUUUGUGGUCAACUAUGA